CCUGACUCAGGUGAGAAAAGUUGUCUCUACUCUGGCUCUUCUAAGAAGUUCUCUUGCUGCUGGAUCUCUGGUUUGUUCUUCUGUAACACUUCAACGCCUAAAGAGACCAUCACGUACACACAUCUAUUUCUGGAGCUCUUUCUGGACCAAAAGGACCUUGCUGAACGUGGGCCAUGUUUGGCACUGGGCAUUUGGUGUCUUCUGCAGUCUUCCACUCUUCGGCUGCACACUUCUUCCCAGCAUUUCCCAGCAGGUUGACCUCACCGCAGAUCUUCAUCCCCGGGCCUCUGCUCAGCUACGAGCUCCUGCGCAGUUACCUGCAGCCCGAGCCCUGCAAACAGGCUCUGCUAUUGGCCGCUCAGUCCACAGGACAACAUGCUGAGAAUAUCGAUGAACCCCGGCCAGUGAAGCAGCGGCGAGCUCGGGCCAACUACAGCAGCUGGCAGCUGGAGGAGCUGGAGAAGGCCUUCGAGAGCACCCACUACCCAGACGUCUUCAUGAGAGAAGCCCUGGCCCUCAGACUGGACCUGAUAGAGGCCAGAGUGCAGGUGUGGUUCCAAAACCGCCGGGCUAAAAUGCGCAGGCAGAUGAAGCUCCAGAGUCAGGCAGGAGAGCAGUGCGGCCGGCGUGACAGUGACGACAGACAGGUAGAUUCGUCCAGCAGGAGCACAGCUCCAGAGCUCCACAGCAGCAGCAGCCCAGACUGGGACAGGAAACAGGAGAGAGGAAGCCCCACUUGUUCCAAACCCUCCUCAUCAGCUAUCCACAGCCCCGUGAGCGACAUGUUUCAGCGGCCUAGAGAUCAGGAGGGGUCAGAGGACUUCCGCUGCUGUAGCAUUGCCAAACUGAGGGCUAAGGCCAGGGACUAUGAGGCAGAGAUCCACAGCACUGUAGCCAAGGCCAGCAGAGAGAGGCAGAUGAAGACACGGGUAUCUGCCGCAGGCCUGGAAAGAGACUGAAACAGAUGCAGCCAUUAAACAUUACCUCAGUAUCACACAGGGCACAUUAAAAAUCCCAUUCAAUUCAUUAUUUAUUAUUAUGCACAAUUACACACGCAAUGAGGUUAAACAAUGUGACU